AGUUUAGACCUUAAAACUAUUUCAAGCGUUACGCCAUGUUAAAACUUUUGCUGCCAUUAGCUAUUGUGUGCCUGUUUAUGGCUCACAUACAAGCCAAUCCCGAAGAAGCUAACAGGCGUCAUAAAAUCUGCAUUCGCACCUACGAUAAGUGUAUUGAAAAUGAAGCUAGGUUGGGAAAACAGGACGAUACUUCAAAGUUCUUUAACGACUACUGUCGCCGUUCGGAUUCUGGAUGGUCAGAUGUUAGCCGAUGUGAUCUUCUGCGAAUAGCCUGUUUAUCUACUGUGCGCGAUUGCGAAACACCGACUUGCAAGAAUGUUGCCCACCGCAUGCGUCUUUGGUGAAAAUUUUAAACCACCCUAAAUAAACUGAAAGCGAGAAAUGAUAUUUAACAAGAUUCAAUUUUGUAUUCUUUAUUUUUAUUUAAAAGUAAUAUUUUAAGUUCUAGCUCUCAUUAAAUAUUGCAAUCGAAUGGGUUGUUCUUUCUGCAAAACUUUGAUAUAUUUUGUAAUUCAAUAAAUGUAUAUUUU